AUGAGUUUCGGGUUCAGCAUCGGUGACUUCCUUACAGUCAUUGAACUUGCCAACAAAAUCCGGAAAGAAUUCGCUGGUGCGCCAUCCCAAUUCAAGGCUAUUAAUGAUGAAGUCCGGAGCCUCUCGUUCGUACUGCAAGAUGUCGAAGUCGACUUGUCUGGCAAAGAACUCAGCGACAGCCAGAAGGCCGAACUGCAAGCAAUCGCAGAUAGCUGCCGCUGCGUCCUAGAUGAGAUUUACGAGGAAAUCAACAUCUACAGGGUGCUGGAAUCUGACCACACCACCGGCCUGCGUAAAGUUGUACGGGUGUGGAAACGAUUGAAAUGGGAGCCAGAGGAUAUUCAAGACCUCCGGACCCGCAUCAGCAGUAACAUUAGUCUCCUCAAUGCCUUCAAUGGACGCAUUACCCGGGGUAAUGUCGCUGGGCUAUUACAGCGCCAGGAUGAUAGGGAGCGCCAGGAGAUUCUGGACUGGCUCUCUCCGAGAAACUAUACUGCGCAACAGAGUGAUUAUCUGAGUCGAAGCCAGCCUGGGACUGGGCAGUGGUUGAUAGACUCCAAUCACUUCAGGACAUGGCUUGAGAAGCCAGAACAGACAUUGUUCUGCCCCGGUAUCCCUGGAGCGGGCAAAACUACCCUUAUGUCCUUGGUCAUAGACGAACUUUACAAACGCUACGGAAAUGACAGAGAGAUCGGCAUUGUGUUUAUCUACUUCAAGUUCAAGGAUGAGUGGACCAUGGACCAGUUACUCUCUACCCUGUUGAAACAGUUGGUACAGAGACAACAAUCUAUACCAAAUGAUUUGAAAGACCUAUACGACGAUCACUAUAAACACGGGACACGGCCGCCGCCAGAGGAAAUAUCAAGAUGCUUACACACUAUCGCUAGCGCGUAUAAGAAGUUGUUUAUUGUCAUCGAUGCACUGGACGAAUGUCAAUCCGCUAUCGAGUCGCGCGACAGCAUUCUGCCCACUAUCUUCAAUCUUCAAGCCCAAUCUCAUGCAAGUCUCUUGGCCACUUCAAGACCCAUCCCAGAGGUCAGUGACCGGUUCAAGGGAAUGCCUACGCUAGAAAUAAGGGCGCGAAGCGAAGACGUACAGAGAUAUCUAAGGGACCACCUAGGGCGCCUUCCUAGGUUUGUUUCACGAGAUGCAGGACUUCAGAAUGAGAUCGUUACAGAAAUCACAGAAGCUGUGGAUGGAAUGUUUCUUCUAGCCCAACUUCAUCUCGACUCAUUGGUCGGAAAAAUGUCGCCUAGGGCUCUCCGAAACGCCCUGAAACAACUUCCCACAGGAACCAAUGCUGUUAGCUCGGCAUAUAGGAAUGCGAUGAGCCGGAUCGAAGGACAGGUGACCGACCAGGUUGAAUUGGCUAAACAAGUCCUGUCAUGGGUUGUAUGUGCGAAACAACAGUUGACUGUAUUGCAGCUCCAACAUGCUCUUGCCGUCGAAAUCGGCGAAUCGUACCUCGAUCAGGACAAUUUUCCCGAAGUCGAGGAUAUGAUCUCUGUAUGUGCAGGCCUGGUCACCACUGAUACGCGAGGCGGCAUCGUUCGACUAGUACACCACACCGCGCAAACAUACUUUGAGCAAACCUGGAUGGAUUGGUUCCCUGACGCCCAUAGUAAAAUAGCCGCAACCUGCAUCACGUACCUCUCAUUUGAUAUCUACAAAACUGAGUUCCAACAAACCCUAAGUAUGGAGCAACUUUUUGGAUUCUCCCGCGUUGCACUUAUGGGAGAUUUCGAGGCAUUUCUAAAACAGUAUCCGCUCUACACCUAUUCAGCUCGAUACUGGGCAACGCAUUGCUAUAUAGAGCAAGGAAGCCAUGAACUGGUCCUGAGCCUUCUGCGAGAUGAGACAAAAUCCGCUGCAUGCGGCCAAGCGUUGGCAAUCAGAGAGGAAGAGUUCUGGUGCACAUCCUCUGCUCCUCUGCAUAUAACGGGGUCUCACCUGGCGGUAUACUUCGGUUUGGAAGAUGUCUUGCAGGGCUUGAUUGAAACUAGCAGCCAAGCAAACACUGCAGACGCCAAUGGUGAAACUCCAUUGUCAUGGGCAAUAAGAAGGGGCAAUGAGCUUUGUGCCAAGCUCCUUUUAGAGAAGGGUGCAGACCCAAAUACUAGGGAUAAACACGAUCGGACGCCGCUGUCACGGGCCGCAGGGCAAGGAUGUAAGGCCAUGGUUAAGCUUCUUCUCGACAACUGUGCUGAUCCAAGCAUUGUGGAUCGCGACGGUAAGUCGUCACUAUCUUGGGCCGCAGCGGAAGGCCAUGACGAAGUGGUCAGACUUCACCUAGAGAAGAACGUCAACCUGGAGUCGAAGGAUAAAGAUGGUCAAACACCUCUAUCUUGGGCGGCAAAGAAUGGCUACUCGGCAGUAGUCGAUCUCCUUUUGAAAAAAGGUGCUGACCCAUUUGUAAAGGACAAUAAAGGGGGAACUCCUAUCUCCUGGGCAUUUGACAGUCGGGAUACGCCGACAGUCAGACUCCUCCUGUCUCCUUUGAGUAUUUUUGUCAGCCGUGAUGGGGGCGCCGGAGACUCAUUGAUCCUGAGACCUGGCACAGAUAUCUAUGCCCUUAAAGAUGCUUUAGUGGGUCUGGGAGUGGGCAUGAAACAAGUGAAGUUCACACAGCUUACAGAGAGGCUGUACAGGGCUCCUGUGGGAGGGGAAUGGCUAUAUAUUAAGUUGGACAGAUAG